UAUCGAGAUUAUACAUAUAAUAUAUUAGAUAGGAUGCCUAAGUAUUUUUUUAGAAAAGUUAAAAUUAAACAUAAAAUUUAAUAAAAUACAAAUAUGAAUGACUAAAGGUUUACCUUUAUUAAUUCUUCUUCUCGCCAAAUUACUUCAGCAACGUAGGGCCCUGGCAGACUGACAUGUUAUUAUAACUUUUCCUGUAUCUAAGAAUAGAUUGAAUGUUUUAAAACUAUUACAUCACUAUUUUUCUAGCGAUCCUAUUAUACAUGGUGUUCACCUUAACAUAUUAAACUGCUUUAGUUCAAAAAUCAUUUUCCUUGAAAUGUACCUUAUGAAACGGAUAUUUAUAAAACAAUAUUUGUAAACAUAUGUCAGGAUUUGGUGUAACUGCCCCCAGGUUCUUACUUUAUAUACGUCAAGUAUAAAAACCUUUAAAUAAAAGGUAAGGAGGGCAAUAGUUUAAUUUUGUCGUAAGAAAUAUCCAAUAAUAUAUUAUUAGUCUUAAUUUUACCAAGAUUGUACUUCUACCCAUUAUCUGUUAAUCCCAUUACAUUUUAUACAAAAAUUUUAUAAUUCACCCGCUAUAUUAUAUCCCAAAGACGAUAUUUACAAACUGGUGUUCGGUGACAUAACAAUGGUUGUUUUAAAAGAGUCGGAUGUCGCCCACAUAAUUGCAAACUCAGAUCACUGCUUAAGCGAUCAGGAUUGACAUGUUUCAUCAUGAAAUUGUUAAAAUAUGGAUCAAUUGUAUUGUUCGCUUUGUUGGCUUCAAUUUAUGCUGAAAAAUGUGAAAGGAUCAAGAUUGGUAAUGAAUAUUAUAAACGUCACCUUAUUGCUGCCAUCGACGGCUACCCCACAGGAAUGGUCAUAGAUCCAAGAACAGAUAAUAUAUUCUUCCUACUUCAUAAACGGAACUACACAAAGGGAAUUCACAUUUUGAAACACGGAUCUUUAGGAAUCAAGGAGCUACCAGUGGCCGAUGAUUAUAUUGGACAAUGUAUUGGAAUCGAUGUGGCUAACAAUAUAAUUUAUAUAGGAACGAAUCAAGGUUUAGUUACUUAUGACUAUUCAAGACCGGAUAUAAGUGUGGAACGACCAAUCGGUGAUGACGACAUCAGGAGUAUAUUUAUAGACAAAACAGAUAAUCAGAUGUAUAUUACAACGGGCCAUAAUCAUGAAAUAUUCAAGUUUGUUAAUGGUUCGGCCGCUGUAAAAAGAUACGAUAAGAUCCCGAAAGCUUACAACUUUAUAUUAGACAGUAAAGGGAACGAUUUUUAUGAAUACGUUGACGGGAGAUUGUAUUUCUUUCCAAUAGAUUUGUAUGAACCUAUACAGUACAAAGGUUUCUCUAGGGAGCUGAAAUAUAUAUUGAAACUGAAUAACCACGACGAAGCCAUUGUAGCAGUAAAAGGAUCUUUAUUUAGAUUGUUUACCAGAAGUAUUUUACCAGUUAAGAUAGGACAGUUGGGCUUCAAAAUUACAGGUUUAGCUUUUGAUAACAAAAAAAAUAUCAUUAUAGGCACAAGAGGCAAGAUUUACAGAUACAAACCAAUAGAUACUAAUGAUCCAUGUCCUCCUGAUGACUACUUUAUGACCAGUAUAUAACUUUUUAUGUAAAAUAAAUCAAUGUUUAGAACCUAAUAAAUAAUC